UCUCAUGUUCCGGUCAUAUGUUAGGAGUUUGUAGACUCGUUGGCUUACAUCAUGUAGCAGUAAGUUAAUGAGCGUCCUCUCGCUAUCUCCAAGCCGCAGACAUGGCUCUGUCUCUGGGAUGGCUCUUGUCUCUGGCCGCAGGUGUUUUCUCCGCUCAUGUUUUGCAGAAACUCUGCUUCCCAUACUUUUGGAGUGACCUCCUCUUUCUGUUGAAGGUGAUCACCUACGGUGUGAAGCUGGAGCUGUUCAAGAUGACAUCAAGCGUGUGCACGGUUCUGGAGAAGUUCAUCCAGCAGGCGCACCGCAUCCCCAACAAGCCGUUUGUCAUCUACGAUGAAAGCAUCCACACCUACCGGGACAUCGAGCGACGCAGCAACAGACUCGCUAAUGUGUUCCUCGAGAGAGUGAGUCUGAAGAGAGGAGACUGCGUUGCCUUGCUCAUGAGCAACGAGCCCGACUUCUUGUGCGUUUGGUUCGGGUUGGCGAAGAUCGGCUGCUCUGUCGCUUUCCUCAACAUCAACAUCAAGUCCAAGUCUCUGCUGCACUGCUUUAACUGCUGUGGAGCCAAAACUCUGAUUGUUGGUUCAGAUUUAGUGGAAUGUCUGGACGGCAUCCUGAUCAGCCUGUUGGAGGACAACAUUCAGGUGUGGGCCAUGAAGAGUCAGAGUGUGCACCCACAGGUGCACACUCUGUUGGACAAGAUCGAUGCUGCCUCUGACCAGCCUGUACCAGCUGCAUUACGUGUCACCACCUCCCUCAAAUCCCCCACCCUCUACAUCUUCACCUCUGGAACAACUGGGCUCCCUAAGGCUGCAGUGGUCACUCACCUCCAGAGCUUGAAGGCGGCAGCAGGUUUUUGGGCAUUUGGGGCGACUAAAGAUGACGUGAUUUACAUCCCUCUGCCGCUCUACCACAGUGCAGCUUCCUUGAUAGGUAUAGGAGGAACCAUAGAGCUGGGUGCGACCUGCAUCUUGAAGAAGAGGUUCUCAGCCUCCCAGUUCUGGAAUGACUGCAGGAAACAUGAAGUGACUGUUUUCCAGUAUAUCGGUGAGCUCUGCAGAUACCUCUGCAACCAGCCUAAGACAGAGGUGGAUAAAGUUCACAAGGUGCGAAUGGGAGUCGGGAACGGGCUGCGGCAGGAUGUCUGGCGGGAGUUCCACUGUCGCUUUGGAGCCAUUAAAAUGUGCGAGGUGUACGGCUCCACUGAGGGAAACCUUUGUUUCAUGAACCACAUCGGCAAGAUUGGAACUGUGGGUCGCUCCAACUUUUUCUACAGGCUCCUGUUCAAGUAUGAUCUUGUAAAGUAUGACUUGGUGAAAGAUGAACCAUUGAAAGAUCAGUAUGGUUUCUGUCAGCGAGUGGAGAGGGGUGAAACAGGGCUUUUAUUGUCCAAAGUGAGUGCCAUGAGCCCGUUCUUUGGCUAUGCUGGAAGCAAGCAGCUGACUGAGAAGAAGCUGAUGAGAAAUGUGUUCAUGAAGGGAGACGCCUAUUUUAACACAGGAGACCUCAUGGCUGAAGACCAGGAGGGCUUUAUCUGUUUCAGAGACAGAGUAGGAGACACCUUCAGGUGGAAGGGUGAAAAUGUAGCAACGACAGAGGUAGCAGAGACUCUUGGGCUUGUGGAUUUUAUUCAAGAAGUCAAUGUGUAUGGAGUGGAAGUACCAGGGCAUGAGGGCAGAGCAGGAAUGGCUGCCAUGAUUGUAAGACCAGGCCUCACAUUCAAUGGGAAGAAACUGUUUCACACUGUGGUGAGGGAUCUGCCAGCGUACGCUCGUCCACUGUUCAUAAGGCUUCAGGAGUUCAUGGAAAUGACAAGCACCUUCAAGCAGCAGAAGUUCCAGCUGGUGCAGAGCGGCUUCAACCCUUCAACAAUUUCUGAUCCUCUCUAUGUGUUGGACUACGAGCAGAAGAGCUACAUUUCUCUAACAGACAGUAUCUACCUGAGCAUUGUCUCCGGAGAACGCAAGCUAUAAAUGACAGCGCACAACACAGCGAAAAGAGGGACAGAAAUUAGCUCUGCUUAUUGCAGUAUUUUAUAUUUAAUAGAAACCAGUGAGCUGACAAUCAUGUAGAAUUAUUUACCUGGACACGUGAACAGUAAUAUGCCUUAGAUUAGAUCAACAAUAUGAACCGGAGUGUUUCACAGUGAAACAACUCCUUAAAUUUUUUAAUGCUUAAUUUACCCUUCAACACAUCAAAAGCUUCCCCUGAAACAAGGUAGUUGUUAUGGUAACCAGAAAUCCCUUCAUUUGUCCAUUAAUUUGAAAAAAUGAAACACCUUAUUUAAAAGCCCUUAACAGAUGAGUGUAUAAUUUCCAUUGACGUCUAGUGGUGAGGGUUGUGAAUUGCAAUGAAUUGUAAAAAUACUCCUCACUCACCGCCCCCCCUCCUCUAUCUAAGCACAUAAAAUAGCUACAGUGGCCGACACAGGACAAAAGAGAGUAGCCAGUCGAGAAAUUAGAUAGAUUUGUUUAGAUAGAUAUAUUAAGAAAUUAUAUUUACCUAAUUAUUCAAUAAAACCAUAUGUUAUUGCGAAUAUUAUCAUUAAUUGUCCGUCAAACAACAGCAACAUCAAAAAAUUAAGUGCUAUAUGAUGUUGCAUGUUAUGUUCCUAUAAUCUGGUCUAAGUAAAUGAAGAACAUCUCAAAAACUAUUUUAUCUAGUAUGACCACUGACAAAAAAUUUAAACUCACUGUUUCUGCACCUUUAUAAACCACAUUUAUGAAAGCAUUGUCAAGGCUCCUCUCCACACGGUUAUCAUAACGCUGUCAGCUGUAAAGUGUUUUCCACUAGAACAGUAAAAUGUGAAGUUAAAUUGGCUGAUCGGAACUUCCAUGCUGUACUAUUUUAUUGCCAAUGACAGUGAUUCGUGAGCUGAUUGUCUCACGAAUGUAACCGGUACUUUUCUGUCCACGUAGCGAGGCCAACACAGUGUUGAAGAAUAAUUUAAAAAAUUACAAUCCAACUAAAUGUUUUUUGUAGGGCAGUAAAAGUUAAGCUGUCUCAUCUGAGCUUCCAUUCUGUAGGCUUUAUUGCCUAUUAAUCAGCUGAUUGUCUCACGAACGCAAGUGGCACAUUUCUCGUAAGUUGAUGUAGCAAAGCCAUGACACACACUGGAGAACAGUUAAUGAAAUUAUAAUCCAGCUAUAUAUUUCACAACAUUGACAGGUGAAACAUGUCACUUCUCUCAGUGAUUAUGCCCAGCUUCUAUCUAAAGCUAUUAAACAACAGUUUUCAUUUGCAUCGCUAAAGGUGGACUAACUUAAUUACCUGUCCAGCAGAAAACAGGGAACUUCAGCUCCGCUUUGAAAAUAUUUGUCCAGCAUCAGUGCCUUCUAUCUGGGAAAAUUCACAAUGAAUAUAUCCUUUAUUUCUGCCGUCAUCUGUCUGUAUCUGUCCCGACUUCGCCUGGCUUCAUCAUGUUUUGCACGUGCUAAAUAAUAGGUGUGCUCCUCCAUUUGUCCAAAUUGCACUUCUCUUCUUACUUCUUAUAAACCAGAUGACUACUCAGAGACUGUAUAUUAUUAUUACAGGCAUCUGCAUUGCCGGAAUUACAUAGUAAACACGCUCUGGAGAGCAGUUUGUCUGUUUUCGGCCACUGUAGAAACAUGGCGACCUCCAUGUAAGGGGAACCUGCAGUUAAGUAGAUAUAAAUGGCUCAUUCUAAGGUAAUAACACGGUUCAUUAUGUAAGGUCUUUAUACACCACUGAAAACAUAGUUAUUAUAUUGCACUGUCAAUAAAUCCUCAGAAAUAUUACACACUGAACCUUUAAUCCAUUAAUAAUCAGUUAAAGGUGUUAUUCAGGUUGGGGAUUUGGUUUUUAUUAAGGGUCUAAAAUAUUUUCAGGUACAAAUGAAUUAUAUUUUUAUAGGUUUUAAUAGGUCUAUACAAUACCCUAAUUGGGACUAAAAUAAUGAAUACAUUUAUAAUAAUUAAUGUAGCAACCUUAAACUGUGCAGAUAAUCCAUUCAAAUACCUUUAAUAUAAUAUAUUUUUCCAUUAAAUUGUACACUGAUAGUUCCCCUAAAUUCCCAUUAAAGUGCCUUAAAUACAUCAGUACUCACUGAUAAAUUGAUUUAUUGAUUGAUUAACUUUAAGGGAUUCAGUUUAAUAGCUUAAGAAAUGAUUGAUCAAAUGUGGAUUGUAACUUUUGUAACAAACAAAAGAAAUGGUUCACAGAUGUGUUUUUGCAGCUUACCUGGCACUUUGUCAAAUGUUAAUUUGAUCAACAUUUAUCCAGAUAUUUAGUUUUCACUGAUUUUACUGUAGCCAAUCAGAUUUGAAUCCACAAUUUCCCACAUUAUAUCUACCAAUCACAGCACACACUGUAUGUUUGUUCAGUUCAUAUUUUGUAUUUAGGAAAUAAAAAUAACCAUAUAUUGUCUUGACUGUCUUGACUGAUUUGAAAAUAAAGUCCCCAUACUGCCAAGAUCAA